AGCAACAUCGGAACCGAAAGCAUCCCAACUCCCAAGCUCCGCACCACCGCACCUCGGCGAGACGGCGACCAUCUCCCUCAUGCCGUCGUCGUCGCCGGCGAUGGCAACCCAGCCACCGCCGCGGCCACCGGCUCAGGAGCUCGACCUAGACGCCUUCCUCCCGUCGUCUCCCGCCUCCUCCUCAGCCUCCGACGCCGACGCCGAUCACCGCCGCGCCGUCGACGACCUGCUGCUCCUCCUCUCCUCCUCCGACUCCGAAGGCGACGACGAGCCAACCCGUACGCCCGCCACCAACCUCAAACCCCUAACCCGUAUCAAAGCCCCACCGCCGCCCCCUAAACCUUCUCCCCCAUCUCCUCUGCCAUCGCCUUCCGCUUCCCCCGGGAGAUCCACAUCCGCGUCGCCGUCGGCGACGCUCUCCUCCCUCGUCUCGAGAACCUUUUCGAGCAACGCUGCUUCCUCAUCCACCUCCUCGUCGAGGCCGCUCCCCUCGCUCUUCCGGGGUGUCCGCCCCAGCCCCAAGCCCGGCGCCGCCCUGGCCGCGGCGGCAGCCGCCUCCCGCGCCGUUCUCACCCCGCACGCGGCUGCAAUUAAGUCGCGGCGCACGGCCUCCGCGCCCAUCGAGAAGCUCCUCGACGAGGGCUCCGGCUCCGAAGCCUCGGAGGGGAUCCUUUCCACUGGAAAUUUCGAAGCAGAGAAAGUAGCUGAGAAGGUCAGUGAGGAAGUGGUUGCUAGGGUGACCGAGGAAGCUGUCGGUGGGAGUGGGGGUGAAGAAUUGGAAGAGGACAAGCAUGGGGAAGUGGGGACUGAAGAGAAUUCCGAGCCCUCCGAAUUGGUGAACCUAGGCAAUGUCGAUUCUGCUGCUGUGGAUGAGCAGGAGCAACUUGGGGGCGAGAAUUUAGCAGAAACAUAUCAAGUUGGGAGUCAAAUUGGGCUUGUUGAUGAAGAAAAUAGUGAUGAGCAACUUAGUGACGGAAAUUUGGCAGAAUCUGGUGAGAUUGUGGAUCAAGAUGGGUCAGUUUCCGAGGAAAAGACUGAUGAUGGUCUGGAAGUUGAACGUUCUGACACUGAUUUGGAAGAGCAACUGGAAUCUGAGCACAUCAUUGAUAAGGUGAUCGAAGAGAGGUUGGAGAUCAGCAGGUUGGCUGAAAAAAAUGCAGAGAAAAGGCCGAAGGUACCGAUGAAACCAUUGGAGCGGGCUGAGGAGCUUGAGAAGAGACAGGCCUCAUUUGGGCAGCACUGGGAGGAGGGAGCAGCAGCGCAACCCAUGCACCUGGAGGGGAUUGGGAAGGGGCAACCAGCUAUUGGUUACAUGCAGAUUGAUGUGGACAACCCAAUAACCCGUGCCAUGGCAUCUCCCUCUUUUAGACAGGACCAUGGCUCUCCUCAGGUCUUAGCAGUACAUAGGAGCUAUAUUGCCAUGGGCAUGUCCACUGGAUCUGUUAUCAUCGUCCCAAGCAAAUACUCCAUCCAUCAAGCUGAUGAUACAGAUGCAAAGAUGCUGUUCUUUUGGAACCAAGGUGAGAAAACCCAAUCACCAGUGACUGCCAUGUGCUUUAACCUGCAAGGGGAUCUUCUGCUAGUAGGAUAUGGUGAUGGUCAUAUGACAAUUUGGGAUGUACAGAAAGCUACUGCAGCAAAGGUCAUAUAUGGUGAGCAUACAGGAGCUGUAGUGCAUGUUUGUUUUAUCCGCCAAUCUAAAGUCAUCACUGGUGAUUCAAAAGGGCUUGUUCUUCUGCACACAUUCUCUAUUAUCCCCGUCAUUAAUCGCUUGACUGUUAAGGGAACUCAGCGCCUUUUUGAUGGAAACACUGGAAUCGUGCUCUCAGCCUGUCCUCUUCUAGCGGAUGAAUCCUUUGGUUCUGGCAACUCAUCUACGCAGGGCAACCUACCAACUUCCUCCAGUGGUGGUCUUGGGAGCAUGAUGGGAGGUGUAGUUGGAGUAGAUUCUGGAUGGAAGUUUUUCAAUGAAGGUUCUUCUCCAUUGGAGGAUGGUGUUACAGUCAUGUUCAUUAUGCAUCAACAUGCUCUUGUGGUUAGACUCCGUACCAACAUUGACCAUGUUGACCAUAUUGAGAACUUUUCUAGACCAGAAGGAGCACGCGAAGGGUCAAUUGCUUAUGCUGCAUGGAAAUACACAUCGUCCUCCACUGAUUCAUCGCCAAUUGAUGAAGAGCGAGUAUCUUGGCUUGCGCUUGCAUGGGACCGUCAAGUACAAGUUGCAAAACUUGUUAAAUCGAAGAUGAUCAGACAUAAGGACUGGAAGCUUGAUAGUGCCGCUGUUGGCAUUGCCUGGUUAAAUGAUCAGAUGUUAGCUGUCCUUAACUUGAAAGGGCAGCUCUGUUUGUUCUCAAAAGAUGGCAGUGAGCUUCGCAGGACUAUCUUUAUUCUUGAUGGUUUUGUCUUCGAUGACAGCAUACUGUACCAUACACAUUUUUCUAACAGGUUUGGCAACCCUGAGAGGCAUUUUAACAACUCAGUAGCAGUGAGAGGUGCUACAGUAUAUAUUCUUGGCCCAAGCUUUCUUACAGUUUCGCGACUUCUUCCAUGGAAAGAGCGGAUUGAAGCACUAAAGAUGGCUGGUGAUUGGAUGGGUGCACUGGACAUGGCAAUGAAGCUUUAUGACGGUCACACACAGGGUGUUGUUGAUCUUCCGAGAACAGUUGAUUCCAUAAGGGGAGCCAUAAUGCCUUAUUUAGUAGAGUUGCUGCUGUCAUAUAUAGGUUAUGUCUUUGAAUAUAUUUCAAUUGCAUUGUCAAAUCAUACUGGAAAGGGGGGAGCAAUAGAUGGCUUGAUAGAUGCCGAUAGAUCCCUGCUGACACAGAGAGAAGAACAAUAUGCUCGUGUAGGAGGGGUCGCAGUCGAGUUCUGUGUUCACAUUGGGCGGAAUGACAUCCUGUUUGAUACAGUCUUCUCUAAGUUUGUUGCUGCCCAAAGUGGAGGUAUAUUUCUGGAGGUACUAGAGCCAUAUAUAUUGAAAGAUAUGCUGGGUUCUUUACCCCCUGAGAUCAUGCAAGCUCUAGUAGAGCAUUAUAGUGGCAAAGGAUGGUUGCAGCGAGUCGAGCAAUGCAUUCUUCAUAUGGAUAUUUCAUCACUGGAUUUUAAUCAGGUAGUCAGACUGUGUCGUGAGCAUGGGUUAUAUGGUGCUCUAAUUUAUUUAUUUAACCAAGGGUUGAAUGAUUUCCGUACACCUCUAGAGGAACUUCUAUCUGUCAUCCAGAAUGCUACUCGAAAAGAUGCUACUUCUACUUGCUACAGAAUGCUUGUUUAUCUGAAGUAUUGCUUCCAGGGCCUAGCAUUUCCUCCAGGGCAUGGAACAAUUCCCCGAGCCCAGCUUCAUGCAGUGAGAAAAGAACUUCUGCAAUUCAUGCUCGAGGACUCUAAAAUGCUCACUUCUGAAGUAUUCAAGGGUUUUAGUUCUUCUUCUGGAAAAUGCCCAAACAUAUGCUAUCUAUUAUGGAUGGAUACGGAAGCUACUUUGGAAGUUGUCAAGUGUGCUUUUGCACAAGAGAAUUUUGAACCUACUUCUAGUACUCUUGAUGCAUCUGUAUCUAAGGAUGAAGAAGAUACUGAUAUUGAAAGCCCAGAUAGUCAAAAUAUUUUGUUACAAAGUGUAGUUGACACCAUCAUUCAUAUUGUUGGUUUAGAAAAUGAGGCAAUCCAUUCCGUUGUUGUGGGUACUGCUGAGUCAGAAGAAUCGGAACUUUGGCCUUCAGUGAGUGACUUCGGUCAUAUCAUUGAAUUCGUGUCCUUUUUUGUUUCCUAUAAAAGGGCAAAUGCAUCUCAAAGAGUUCUCAAGCACAUUCUUAAAUACCUCACGUCAUCCACUACAUCAUAUGAUGAUAAAAAGAUGCCACCUCAGAAAGAAGUUCUUCAGCUCUUCAACGUGGUUCCUCAAACUGACUGGAAUUCUGAUUAUGUGUUGAAUCUUUGUUUAGAUGCCCAUUUUCAUCAGGCCUGUGGCAUGAUAUAUACAGCCAGAAAUCAAAAUUUGGCUGCUUUAGAUAGUUACAUGAAGGAUACAAUGGAACCAUACCACGCAUUUAUCUUCAUCAACAAAAAGUUACUUCAAUUGGCAAGUGAUGAAGCUUUGUCGUUUCGUUCCACAGUAAUAUCUCGUUUUGCUGAGCUAGUCAAUCUAAGCAGGGAGUGUGCAUUUGUCUUGGUCAUUGAUCAUUUUCACGAUGAGAUCCAGCAAAUAUUGGCAGAGCUUCAUUCUGAUCACCGCAGCCUCUUUCUUUUCUUGAAAACUGCAAUCGAAGUACACUUGUCAGGAAAACUUGACUUCAGUGAACUUACUGCCAGAAACUAUGAAAUUGUUGAAAGUCUGUACUCUGGCGAUCUCGAAGAUUAUCUUCAGAGAUUAUCAAAUCUCCCAAAGUUGUUUGACCGCAAUCCUAUUUCUAUGACUGAUAAGUUAGUUGAACUCUAUCUGGAGGUUGAAGUUUUUUUAGUGGCAGCACAUGCUUUGCGAGAUCAUCAUCCUUUUUUUGUUAAUCAAAUACGCCUUCUUGCACAGCUUCUGUGUCAGUAUGAACCAAGGUCAGUUCUGAAGUUUCUGGAGACUUUCGAUAGCUACAGAUUGGAGAGGUGUUUGCUCCUUUGUCUAGAUUAUGGAGUUACAGAUGCUGCUGCAUUUCUGCAAGAGAGGGUUGGUGAUGUUGCGAGCGCGUUGGAACUUGUUCUAGCUGGACUAGAUGAGAAAGUUAACCAGUUUAUCGCUUCGGUGGAAAAUGCGUUCUCUCGGACAUCGUCAAAGAGUAUCUCUGAAAUUGAGCAACCAGACAUUGUUCUAAACAUGAGCGAGGCUCGUCCUGUGCUUGAUGUGUUACGUUCCUCCAUUGGAUUGUGCCAAAGGAAUUCACAGCGUUUAGAUCCAGAGGAGUCUCAGUUACUUUGGUUUCAACUGGUUGACAAUUUCUCAGAUCCACUGAAAAAGUUGUAUGGAAGCAAGGUUGUAAAUGGAAAAGGUUGUUGGUCCGUGGGUGGUGAAACAACAAAUGGACAUCCAACAGGCAAAGGAUUCUCACAAAAAAUGGUGAAUUCAGCUUAUCAAAGGUGUUUGAAUACUUUGCGGAGAGUUUUCUCACAAUUUGUUGGAGAGAUAAUUGAGGCAAUGGCUGGGUAUAUACCCCUGCCAGCAAUUAUGGCAAAGCUAUUAUCUGACAAUGGAAGUCAAGAGUUUGGUGAUUUUAAACUUGUCAUACAUAGAAUGCUGUCUAUGUAUCUCUACGAAAAAAGAAUACUGGAAACAGCUAAGUCAGUUAUCGAGGAUGAUUCGUUCUAUACCUUGAGCUUAUUAAAGAGAGGGGUUUGUCAUGGAUUUGCUCCACAGACUUUUGUUUGUUGUGUAUGCAACUGCUCACUUUCUAAAGAAGGUGCUAUUUCAGCAGUUCGAGUAUUCAGUUGUGGACAUGCAACACAUCUUCACUGUGAGUCUGAACAAAGCAAAUCAUCCAAUAAGGAUUUUAAAGAUGGAUGUCCAGUUUGUCUCUCAAUGAGUGACACACAAGCCCGGAACAAAUCGCCUAUAUUAGCUGAGAAUGGGCUACCCAAGUAUCCCGUGGUUGAACAUGAAGUACCAUAUGGCGUCCAUCAUAAUCACGAGACAGAUCAUGUUGAGAGAUCUCGUGGGCUUCACCAGAUGUCACGGUUUGAAAUACUGAACAAUCUCCAGAAAGGUCAGAAGUCUUUUCAUAUUGAGACUGUACCCCCAUUGAAACUUUCUCCGCCAGCCAUAUAUCAUGAAAAGAUACAAAAGAGAGUAAGUUUGGUGGGAGAAUCCAGCAGACAUUCAGUUAGAAGUGGAAAACCACAGAAAAUAUGGCACAUGAAGGAGCCAAAAUCAAAGAAAUCAGGGAAUUGGCUUCCACCAAAGUCAAGCAUAUUCAGUUCUGACAAGAAUCAAGUGCAGUAGACUACUGAUUGUACGAUUCAGGCUUAAUUUUUUUCUUGGAGAAAAUGAUUUAGACUCAAUUGACACUGGUGCCGUUUGAGGCACCAUAUCAAUCAUCUGCUCAACAACAACAAAAAACCCUGGUCCCACAAGCACAUCACAAUGAUGCCAAGUUGUGCCUUUGCAUUAUGCACAGCCAGACAAUUUGCCACUACGCCUGUUGAAGCUUCAACCAAUCUGAUGUGCUCGAGCUGCAUAGGAAUCUCCUGAGUGAUGUGUCCUUGGACCAGCAUGGUUCUUUUCUCCUGAGACAAUAUUCGAAGAUUAUUUCUCAGUUAAGUUGCUUGGAGCAAAGGAGAAGAAUCAUAUAGGAAGGUGAGUGAUAGGUGCGAGCGAACCCAUGACCAUGAGUCUGUAUAAACUAGAAGACUAACUGACAAGGAAAGGAAUGUUGAGGCAGGACAGGAGGAGCACACACUUGAUGAUCAUGACACAUACACCAUUUGACUGUAAAUGACUUGUUCAUUGAUUGUAAAAACCAUGAAGAGCGCAGAGAAUGUAUAGCUGCAGGAGACACGACAACCAACUGGUAGUCUGAUACAAACAUAAACAAAUAUAACUGAUCCAAAUGUUGUACAGAGUGACCUGUUCCUUUCCCCCCAUA